UGGGCGGGGCCCGGGGCUGCCCCCGGGCUCGUCACCAUGGGCAGCAAGAUGGCGGCCGCCACCAGGGCGGUGCAGGUAGUCAAGCCACAUACUCCGUUAAUAAAGUUCCCAGACAGAAAAAGUGGUCCCAGACCUAAAAUACAGGAAUCUCUACAAGCAAGUACGCCAUCUCCCCUUGCUUCAAAACCACAGGAAUCUGUAGGAGGCAUAUCACCGGCCUUUCAAAAUAUUUCACCUGUUAGUAGAGUACAAGGUACACCAGACACUUCUGAAUUAACAAGAACCUUACCUCAGAAAUACAGAAGGAAACAAAUGUCAGAUGAAGAGAUUGAAUAUAUUCAACGUGGAGGUCCAGAAUAAAUGUAGAAGAUAGUUUCUUGGCCAUUGUUGAAGAAUGAGGUAUUAUAUUCAGAAUAAAGGCAUUUCCUUAAUAUUAAAAAUUACUAUAUAUUAAUAUCUUUAAUAAAAUCCCAUAUGAUGGUUGAGAAGAUUGACACAACAUACAAGAUACUGAUUUGUGGCUGAGAAGGAUUUUAUGUUGAUGGCUAAUAGCA